AUGCCGGACCACCACCAUGCGGGCCUGUCACCCGCGCUCGUCGAGUCCGUCGCCGGCCUAAGCGCCGGCACAAUUGCAACCCUCGUCGUCCAUCCCCUCGACAUUGUCAAGACCCGAAUGCAAAUCUACCGCAGUGCCGGACCAUCCACCUCCCCCCCAACAACCAUCACCAUCCUCCGCUCCCUCACGUCCAACCAGCAACCCAUCCUGUCCUCCCUCUACCGCGGCCUCACGCCCAACCUCGUCGGAAACGCCACCUCCUGGGCAUCCUUCUUCUUCUUCAAGUCCCGCUUCGAGCGAUACGCCGCCUACUCCCACGGCCGCCCGCGCCCCAACCCAGCCGACUACUUCGUUGCCUCCGCCCUCGCCGGCGCAUCUACAUCCGUCCUCACCAACCCCAUCUGGGUGCUCAAGACACGCAUGCUCUCCUCGGACAAGGGCUCCGUCGGCGCAUACCCCUCCAUGCUAGCUGGCGCGAGGACCAUCCUCCGCACCGAAGGGUUCCGCGGAUUCUAUAGGGGUCUGGCGGUCUCUCUGCUCGGCGUGUCUCACGGCGCGGUGCAGUUUGCUGUCUACGAGCCUGCCAAGAGGAUGUACUUUAAUAGGCGGGCUGCCGAGGGGGAUUCGAGCUUGCGGCUGAGCAAUGAGGCUACGGUGGUGAUUUCGAGUGUCGCCAAGUUGGUUGCUGGCGCGGUUACCUAUCCGUAUCAGGUGCUGAGGAGCAGGAUGCAGAAUUAUCGGGCUGAUGAGAGGUUUGGGCGGGGCGUCGGCGGCGUGGUGAGGAGGAUUUGGGUGGAGGAGGGGAUUGUUGGGUUUUAUAGGGGUUUGGUGCCUGGUGUGGUGAGGGUUAUGCCUGCUACGUGGGUGACGUUUUUGGUUUACGAGAACGUCAAGUAUUAUUUGCCUAGAUGGGCGGCUUAA